CGCCAUGGGGGUCGCAUCGUCCGCUGUCGCCGCCGCUCGGCGGAGCACGUGGGCGGCGAUGGCCGCGAGCACGUGGAUCCAGUGCGCCUCCGGCGGUUCCUACUGCUUCGGGGUGUACUCUCCGAUGCUCAAGUCGUCCCAGGGCUACGACCAGUCCACCCUCGAUUCCGUCGCCUUCUUCAAGGACGUUGGCGCCAACAUCGGCGUCCUCUCCGGCCUGCUAAUCUCCUCCCGGGCGGGCCACGGGCGCACGUGGGUCGUCCACCUCGUCGGCGCCGCCCAGUGCUUCGUCGGGUACCUCCUCAUGUGGCUCUCGGUGACCGGGUGCGUCCCCCGCCCGGCGCCGGCGCUGAUGUGCCUCUACAUGCUGCUGGCGGCGCACGCCCAGACGUUCUUCAAUACCGCGAACGUGGUCACCGCGGUCGAGAACUUCCCGGAUAGCCGGGGCACCGUCAUCGGUAUCAUGAAGGGUUUUCUGGGUCUAAGUGGAGCUAUUCUUAUUCAAAUAUAUCAGACAAUGUUUGAUGGCAACCCAAGCUCUUUUAUACUGAUGCUUGCGCUGUUGCCAACUUUCCUCACACUACUACUAAUGCCUUACGUAAAAGUUCACCACAGAAAUGGUGGUUCUGAGAAGAAAUUUCUUGAUGCUUUUUCACUCAUAGCUGUAACUGUUGCUGGUUAUCUUAUGCUUGUUAUAAUUGGGGAGUGCGUCUUAAGAAUAGGAUCAGUAGCCCAUAUCCUGAUGUUUGCUGCUCUCAUGAUGAUGCUCAUCUCUCCAGCUGCUGUUGUAAUUAAAGCUCAGAUGAUCGAAGCAAAGGCACUUGGAGAAAGUUCUUGUCAUGAAAGGACCAGAUUAAUGGAAGAUAAUCUAGAAGGAGCUCCAGAAGAGCGAACAUAUGACCGAGUAGCAGCAGAUAGAACCUGUGUGCAGCAUGAUCCUACCGCAUCAAACAAAUUGGCCUGUGGUUCUGGGCAUGAACCAUCAAAUGGAGAUCUGAUCCUGCUGCAGAGGGGCGAAAACUUCAGUAUAACACAGGCCAUGUCGACAUGUGACUUCUGGUUGCUGUUCUCAGCCAUGGCAUGCGGCAUGGGGUCAGGAUUGGCCACAGUAAACAACAUCAGUCAGAUAGGAGGCUCUCUUGGAUACACAAGCUUGGAGACAAGUACUUUGGUUUCUCUUUGGAGCAUAUGGAACUUCCUUGGUCGUUUUGGCAGCGGCUAUAUAUCUGAUUACUUCCUGCGUCGUAAAGGUUGGGCGCGGCCCUUGUUCAUCUCUCUAACCCUUGCGGUCAUGAGUGUAGGCCAUGCAGUCAUCGCCACUGGCCUUCCUGGUUCUCUAUAUGUGGGAUCUGUAUUGGUUGGCAUCUGUUAUGGUUCUCAGUGGUCGCUUAUGCCCAGCAUCACAUCUGAAUUGUUUGGGCUACAACAUUUCGGUACCAUCUUCAACACCAUUGCAAUUGCAAGCCCAUUUGGAUCUUAUAUCCUCUCUGUAAGAGUGGUGGGGUACAUAUAUGACAUGGAGUCAUCAACUUCAUCAUCGGACAUUCAUGACUGCAUCGGCCGUCACUGCUUCAUGUUAUCAUUUCUAAUAAUGGCAUCUGUCAGCCUUUUCGGCACCGUUGUUGCAUUGAUAUUGUUUGGCAGGACCAGAAGGUUUUACGAGCAAGUCAUAUAUACAAAGCUGCAAAGUCAUGUUCAAUAAUGAGGUGGUUCUUUUCUUGGUGUCUUUGUUUUGUGUUUGCGAGUAAAAUGGAAUAGUUUCCGGUCUGAUGAUUUACAUGAGGUCUUACAAUGAUGUAUAAAGUCGAGUGAGAAAUCGUUUAUAGUAUUUUGUUGUAGAAAGAUUUAUUGAUCGUGUCUUGCUCUUCUACUUUA